GUAAAAAGCUAGAUUCAUUCGCAAUAGGAUACUUGCAGUCGGACCUUGAAUGUUAAUAACGUUUUGUAACACCACUCCUCUAGAUAUCUGACAAAUCAUAACUCCCGCAAGAAACGCCAAAUGAGCAAAAUGAAGCAGCAGAUAGCGAAAUCUUUGUUUCAGAGGGGAUUGAAUUUUUCAAAUUUUGCUACGCAACUCGUAAGAAAUUCUGCCACAGCAACUGUAAAUGCCAGCAGUUACUACGAUGCUGAACUUGCCGCUGCGAAGCCCUUUGAGGAAAUGCCUAAAUUACCCAUGGUGCCGAUUCUUGGAAGCUCCUGGACCUACAUGCCAAUUAUAGGAAAAUACAACCUGUUGAAACUCCAUGAAGCAGAUCGGGAGAAGCACAAAAUCUACGGCGAUGUGGUGCGGGAGAGAUUCGGCCACCUGAAUGCUGUGCUCUCGUUCAAUCCUGCGGACAUGGAGACCAUCUUCCGGCAAGAGGGCUCCUAUCCGUCAAGAGGCGAAUUUACUACCCUCAAAGCAUACAGAGAGUCAAGGAAACAGUGGUACAAAACUACAGGGAUUAUGGUUCUAAGUGGACCGGAAUGGUGGGAUUUGAGAUCCAAAGUCCAAAAACAUCUCAUGAAACCCAAAGCGAUCCAAUCCUACCUGAGUCCGAUGCAGGAUGUGGCACAGGAUCUCGUGGACAGGAUAUACAAGGAGAGAGAUCAGCAGCAAGAGUUUCCAGAUUUACUUUUGAAUCUCUACAAUUGGGCUUUGGAAUCCGUUGCCCUCGUUGGGUUGGACACAAGGCUCGGAUGUCUGUCCAGCAACUUGACCGCCGGUUCCGAUAGUCUUCGAAUGAUCAAUGCCGUACAGACUCAGUUCGAGUGCAUGAAUAAACUAGAAGCCUUCGCUGGAAAUUUUCAGUACUGGAAGUAUUUUAGUACUCCCACGUGGAAAAGGUUCACGAAAGCUGCUGAUACUUUUACGGAAAUUGCUUUCAAAUACAUUAACAAGGCUGUAGAAUCUUUGAAAAAUAAAAAAGAUGACGAAGACCUGACUUUGCUUCAAAACAUGCUGCUGACAAAAGGCUUAGAUGCGUCAGGCGCCAUGGUUACGGUUGCAGACAUGCUUAUGGCCGGAAUAGACACGACUUCUCACACCGUCGGAUUCAUGCUCUACCACCUGUCAAAGCACCCUGACAAACAAGAAAUCCUUUUCGAUGAACUGAAAAGACUGCUUCCCAACAAGGGCGAUCGAAUCAGUCCAGAAGUUUUUUCGGAACUACGGUAUCUCAAAUCCUGUCUGAAAGAAUCAAUCAGAUUGGACCCCAUUGUUCGGGGAAAUGCUAGAACCUUAGAUCACGAUGUGGUCGUGUCAGGUUAUCGUGUUCCGGCUGGGACUACCAUUUUCGUGAUAUUACAACAGAUCUGCCGUAGUGAGAAGUAUUUUAAAAAUGCCAACCAGUAUAUCCCGGAGAGGUGGCUGGACAAAGACGAGAAGCCAUCGAAUCCAUUCUCCUACGUUCCUUUCGGAAUCGGAACAAGAAGUUGCGUGGGAAGACGACUUGCCGAGUUGGAGAUCAUUUGCCUAAUAGCUCAGAUUUUGAGGAAUUUCAAAUUGGAAUAUCAUCACGAGGAUAUUGACAUGCACACAAGACUGGUGAACAUUCCAGAUAGACCUCUGCGAUUCAAUUUUAUAGAGCGGUCAUAGCAUUGCAAGUCUCUGAGAACUUGGAUGUUUCACGGGAAAUCAUUCUCGUAAAAAGUUUGCUUCAUUUUAACGAUUUGAUUUUCUUAAAUUUGAUGUACAAUCUUUCAAGAGUGCAAUAAAUUUUUUUUAAUCACA